UUCAUUGCUAUUACACCCUAUUACACUGCUUGCCGUAAUUGUAGUAUUGGCAUGCCAUAUCGCAAUCGCAAUCUAGGUUCAAGCAAAUGCAGAAUGGGCACCGUCCAUCGUGCCCUCUUCUUUAACUCCCUCACGCUCCCUUCUUCUACCUUCCCGACCUACCCCCAUCUGCCAUUCACGCCACGACGACGACAGUACGUCCCGUCAUCUCCGCCAAGCCGUGUUGAGACUCAGCUCCAUCGGGAGGCCCGCUCUGUGCUCUGCUGCAGGACACCAACGCGAUCAUUGCAACUAAUCCCAGAUCUAGGCCCUCUUGUUUGUUGGAUCUUGGGGCGCGCGACUUUAUCGAGGCUAAUCCUGUCUCUUAGUCUCGGCCAUUCCUGUUUUUUGCUUUGGAGGCAACAGCCGAGCGCUACUCAAACUCCCGUCUCGGAAACUCUCACCAAUAGACUGGCAGUAGGGCAAGGACCAAGCGACGGGCAAUAAGCCAACGUGGAAGUGGGACAACUUUUACAACAAGCUUCUCCGCUCCUCUUCUGAGCCAGCAGGGUGGUGCACAGGGUCAAAAGCUGGGCCGCUGCUCGCCGCACCGGUCAUCAGACGGCUUCGCCAAGGGACGCCAAAGAGUGCCUUUCGGCAACUCAACAAAAUCGCUAAUUUGUUAAGGGUCGCUGGAUCCAUACUAGCUACCGUCUCAAUAAAACAGAAGG